CGUGCUCAGCGCGUGCUUCACGGUUCUGUCGCACCUGGCGGAUGUCAUGGCAUUUUCUCUUCUCCAUUACAUCUUGUCGGCUCAUGGAUCUAUGGAGUCUACAAAUCAGUACUUUCAGCCCUGGAAGGAUUACAUGGGUCUGGCAGACAUGAUCAGAGGCAUGCAGCGGCCAGCAGAGCAGCCAGACGCGCUCCUGGAGUCUCCAAGCGGCCCGACGCGAGCGCACGGGACCCUGACGACAGAGAAAAGAGACCCGGAACGCGGCAAGAGCACCCGCAGCAACCCAUCCGAGAAGAAGUUCUGCAGCUUCUGCAAACACAACGGAGAGACCGAAGCCGUGUUCACCUCGCACUACUUAAAAGACCGCGCUGGAGACGUGACGUGCCCGUACUUGAGCCAGUACGUGUGUCCCCUGUGCGGAGCCACCGGGGCCAAAGCGCACACCAAGAGAUUCUGCCCGCUCGUGGACAAAACCUACAGCUCCGUGUACGCCAAAUCAACAUGGUGAACCGGACGUUU